AAAGGGAUGCUGAAUGCAGCCCUGGAUUCCCUCCGCGCGGGCCUCGGUCACCCCUGACAACAAAGGACGCUUUGACACGUCUCAGUAAAAGUAACGAUCCAAUUACACGGCCAGUGUCCGUGAGCUCAGAAGGCACCAGCGCCCCAGUCAGGGUUGUGAUUGGCUGUAAUUAAAGUCAAUCAGCUAUCAAUCAAGCUGGACAGCUAGUGCCAUGGCAACUCACUCAGCAACCAGUGCCCAGCAACAAAGACCCAUCCCUGUAUGUCGUUAGUGUAUAGUUAGUGUGCUCAAAGGUCUGAGCGGGCAGCUUCACAGCAAGCAAACAUGCCUCCAAAGAAGAAAACAAAAAAGACCACAAAGAAGAAGCCAGAGAACAGUGAAAAUGACUUGGAAGCAAAGUACAGGCGCAGUAUUCUGGAUGUAGCCAUCCUACAGGAUCACAUUGCCUUCCAGUGUGAAUCUGUAAAAAAGGUCCAGUCUGAUCGAGUUGACCUGAGGAGACGCGUGAGAGACACGGAGCAGAAGCUGCAGCGCGAGAGACAAGACCACAGGGACGUCAACUCUGACCUCAGUCGGCAGUGCAAAACCAUGCAGACAGAGCUGGGCAGCAAGGUGAAGAGGCUGGAGGAGGAGGUCGGCCAGCUGAAGGAAGAGCUAGUGCUGUGUCAGGAGGAACUGAGGAAAGAGAAAAGAGAGCGUGAGCAGGUGGAGCGGGAGAAGGACACCACCAUAGCUGACCUCCAACACAAGCUGGACAACAUGGAAAGAGACUAUGAGAAGAUCCUACAUGAGACUCUAGACAGCCUGACUUCCCAGCUGUCUGUGGCUCGACAGGGAUGGGAGGACAAGAGCACGACCCUUCAUCAAAAUUACAAGGAGCUGCUCUCUGAGUUCGGUCUGAAUGCACAGCACAUCUAGAAGACAAAUGAAAGCAGCUGCUCUUCUCAGUGGGACACAUUUAUUUAAUGUUGCAUCUACAACUUGGUUCAAUUUGAUCAGACUGUUGCAUCUGUUUGGCGGAAUUGAAAGUGAUAUCUGCGAUGGCACCAAUACGCAAUUCACAAUUUAGUACGCCUAACACACCGAUGGAUGUUCUUAUUAUAUAAUGUUUUACCUUCAGAGCACAAAGCAGACCGACUCACCUAUGCAUGUAUUCAGUAGCUCACCAUGUAGUGUCUGUAAUGUUGUGUAAUGCCCACUAGAUGUAGCAAAUGACUGUUUACAGUCGGGGAGAUGAUGGCCACUAUAUCUCAAAUACACAGACUUUUUUUUAUUUAUUUUUUUUAGAAUAUUUUAUAUGUGUAAAUACAUCGUUGUUUUGGUGACAGGAUAUUUCUCAAGUCCAAUAAAAGUAUGAUAAUUACACUAACAUGGUAUGUAAUGAA